CCGUUGGUGCUACGGUAGAACAGCAGAAGUCUUCCCACCCAGCUAGCGCUAAACCGGCCGGCCCUCUCUCAUAAUUUUUAAUGGGGAUGGCUGAGCUGAAAGCCGAGAAAAAUGGCGUCGCCGGCGAUAGCUCUGCCGGUUUUGAGUGCCCUCCGACGAAGAAACCGGCAAGGAACAAGUUUGCCUUUGCUUGUGCCAUUCUGGCUUCCAUGACUUCCAUCUUGCUCGGAUAUGAUAUCGGAGUGAUGAGCGGAGCCGCCAUUUACAUCAAAGACGACCUCAAAAUCAGUGACGUCCAGGUCGAGAUUCUCGUGGGUAUACUCAACCUUUACUCGCUCAUUGGUUCUGCCGCCGCCGGCCGUACCUCCGACUGGAUAGGCCGCCGGUACACCAUUGUCCUCGCCGGCGCCAUCUUCUUCGUCGGAGCCCUCCUCAUGGGCUUUUCCACCAACUACGCCUUCCUCAUGGUCGGCCGCUUCGUCGCCGGCAUCGGCGUCGGCUACGCCCUGAUGAUCGCCCCCGUCUACACCGCCGAGGUCUCGCCGGCGUCCUCCCGCGGCUUCCUCACUUCCUUCCCGGAGGUCUUCAUCAACGGCGGAAUCUUGCUUGGCUACGUCUCCAACUACGCCUUCUCGAAGCUUCCGCUUCACCUCGGCUGGCGGUUCAUGCUCGGCGUUGGCGCCAUCCCGUCGGUGCUGCUCGCCGCCGUCGUGCUCCUAAUGCCGGAGUCGCCGCGUUGGCUCGUCAUGCAGGGUCGACUCGGCGACGCACGGCGAGUUUUGGACAAAACGUCCGAUUCCGCCGAAGAGGCUCAACUCCGGCUUGCCGACAUUAAAGCCGCUGCCGGAAUACCGGAGAACUGCACGGACGACGUCGUUGCUGUCUCGAAACGCAGCCACGGAGAAGGUGUCUGGAGGGAGCUUCUCCUCCAUCCGACGCCUUCCGUUCGCCGAAUUUUAAUAUCCGCAGUCGGGAUACAUUUCUUCCAGCAAGCCUCCGGUAUAGACGCCGUCGUUUUGUACAGCCCGAGAAUUUUCGAAAAGGCUGGGAUCACAAAGGACAACGAGAAGCUGCUCGCGACGAUAGCCGUCGGAUUCGUGAAGACGGUCUUCAUCUUAGUGGCGACCUUUUUGCUGGACAAGGUCGGACGGCGGCCGUUGCUCCUGAGCAGCGUCGGCGGCAUGAUCGCGUCCCUCGCCGCACUGGGGUUCGGAUUGACGGUGAUCGACCACUCGGAGGAGAAACUGAUGUGGGCCAUAUCGCUGUGCAUCACCACCGUAUUAUCGUACGUCGCGUUCUUCUCGAUCGGGUUGGGGCCCAUCACGUGGGUGUACAGCUCCGAGGUCUUCCCGUUGAAGCUACGCGCUCAGGGCGCGAGUAUGGGAGUUGCCGUGAACAGGGUGACCAGCGGGGUUCUUUCCAUGACGUUCAUUUCUUUGUACAAGGGCAUCACCAUCGGCGGCGCGUUCUUUCUGUUCGCCGGACUGGCGACGGCGGCGUGGCUGUUCUUCUACACUUUCCUGCCGGAGACGCAGGGGAGGACGUUAGAAGAAAUGGAGGCCCUUUUUUGUAAAAACAAAGAUACUAAUUGGGUGAAUGAGACGAAGAAAAAUACCCAAAAUGGUCAAAACACAGCUAAUCCUGGUCAGAUUCAAUUGGGGACUAACCAGUGAGAGUGGAUCUUAAGUAGGGGCAUUUUGGGAAGAAGGCUUUUUUAAUAACCCUAAAUUGACUGGAACAAAACAAGGCAAGGGUCUGUUGUUUGGGAUGAUGGAAAAGGUGAAGGGAAUGUGCGAGGGGGAGAGAAAGGGCUCAUAGCCACGACAUAUGUGUAUAAUGGACAAAAAUCAUUGGAGAAUCACAAAGACGAAUUUCUCCUUUUUAAGUAUAAAUUUAUAAUACACUAUCUUUUCAAGUUCUCUGUUA